AUGGUCGCUCCCACCCCGACCCGUGGUCGCGGUGGUCGAGGUAGUCGCGGUGGCCGCGCUAGAGGAGGCCGAUGGGCAAAUCACUGGGCUACCAGAACUGCCCCGGCGCGUGCAGCGCGCGCAUCGUCGCCAGUAAAUGACAUUGACGAUGAACAUCAUCUUGACAGCGAUAGCGAGUUGGAAGACCCUCCUCGUUCGCGCAUCGUCACUCUAAAGGUUGCCCCGCAUCUCUUACGGUCUACCAUAGAUGGUCCUGGUCAUGGCAGCCAAAGUCAAGAGGAUCAUCACCUCGAGCCAUCCACCGCCCAAUCGAGUACUCCUACCGGUUCGCAAUCGCAGAACCCGGAGACUCCCUUGCGGCGGCGCUCCAAACGCGCACUCGCUGUCCCCGAAUCAUCUCGGACAACGAGACAAUCAGCGCGCCAAUCAGCUCCGGGUCGUCAAUCGUCGCGACUCAAACCCGGCGAGUCAUCAUAUGAGCACGAAACGCCUAGUAAAGCAGGCGAAUCAGAGCCUAGCGAGCACGAUGAUGAAGAUGAUUUUGGCGACGACGCCUCGCCUCAAAAGGAGGAGUAUGAUGAGGACUUUAAACCGCAGCAACGUAUCAAACUUCAAGUCUCUAACCCUACGGCGGAACAUCUGCAACAUCUGCAUGAUGCUGCAUCUACCCGGCCAUCGCCGGCAAUCGCGGAGCGGGAAACACGCCUCGCGACGACAAAAUUACAGGAUAACGAAUUGAAUCUGCGUCCCGACUCGGCAUAUUCAACGUCCGCACCGACGUAUUCGCAAGAAGCCGAUAGCCCCAAGCAGGAGCUGCAGUCACAGUCGCUGCCCCAAUCACGCGGCAUGUCAUCGCCCGGCCCUCGCGCAAGCGCAAAUCAACCGAGACGAAAGAUGAAAGCGCAGACGUCGAGUCCCGCGCCGUCUCGGAACCAGCAACCAAGAAACCGAAACUAG